AAGGCGAAAUUCCUGGGUUGUAAAACGCUUUCCACCUAAACUAAACGGAUGUCUGUCAGAAGUGGACCGUUGGUCAACAACUUAAGUCUUCCAACAUUACCGAUCUCACCUUCAACUCCGAGAGCACGCCGCCUGCAACACCCCAGCCUGUCGUUAGAGCUCUGCGGCAAGCGGGCGGAGCUUUCGUUGCUCCACCCAUGACCUGAACGCUGACGGAGAGGUUAAAGGUCAAAGGUUCUAGCUGGAGCAGUCAUGGCGGCGCUGUGUCGGACCCGUGCCUUGACUUCCGAGAGUCAUUUCCUGCGCGUGUUCCUCUUCUUUUGGCCAAGUCGAGGCGUAGGCACUGAGAGUCACUUCGGCAGUGAGAGUUUUGAGUUUACGGAGUGUAGAACGCGCCCAGGCGGCUUUGCGAGUGCCGUGGAGCGGCUAUCGGAGCUGCAGCACAAGCAGGAGCCUGGACGGACGAGGGGCUCUCUGAAAAAUGUGGAAUCCUUUGCAUCUAUGCUAAGACAUUCUCCUCUCACUCAGAUGGGACCUGCCAAGGAUAAAGUAGUCAUUGGACGAAUCAUUCAUAUUGUGGAGAAGGAUCUUUAUAUAGAUUUUGGCAGCAAGUUUCAUUGUGUGUGCAAAAGACCAGAAGUGGAUGGAGAUGGCUUCCUGUCCACAGUACAAGCUAUACAGCAGAACAGUCAAGUCCUGAGGCACAUCCAGUUCUUUCAGAGCAGCCCAUAGCUUUUCCUGAUGGACACAGUCAAAGGCUUUACUGUACACUAUAAAACAGACGAACCUGAAAUUCUUUGGAGCACUCCAGUGUCCAGUUGAUGUUUACAAUUUCAUCUGAAUGCCUCUCAUCUGAAUCCAGCUUGAACAUCCAGCAUGUUUGUUAACUUUUACUAUGUUGAGUCACUUUUCUAAGCAUCAUUUACCCUGAAAUAAGAAUUUCUUAAUUUGACUCUUGGUUCUGCCACAUACUAAUUGUGUGAUCUUGGGUAACUUGCUUCACUUCAUGACAGCCUCAAUUAUCUUGUCUUUAAAGUGGUUGAAUGAAAUAAUAGUAGUACUUACUCCAAAUAAUUGGUCGAGAAUUAAGUGAGGUCAUCACUUUCACCAUCAUUAUCAUGAACAGCUGACAUUAUUGACCCUUUUUUACAUGUUAAGCAGAUAUUGUACAUCCAUACCUUACUAACAUUAUACCUACUUUACAGAUAAGGAAAGUGAGCCUCGGAGAAUUCGUGACUUUCCAAAUCAUUUAGACUUGUUUCAGUUUCACACAGCAGAAACCUUGAUGACUUGUGGUUUAAACAUAGAGAUUCAUUUUUCUCGCAUAAGAAUUUUUCUGGACAUUGGUGGCUUUUGGGGUCGCUUUAGCAACUUGACAGCAUCGGCACUGGCUUCCUGCCCCUUGUGUUCUGUGUGCAGUAAGGUCACUGCUUCUCUGGGGGAAUAUGGGGAGGGACAGUGAGCCUCUCUGUCCUUUUGUUUGGGAAACAAAAGAUUUUUUUAGAAGUCUCUUCCAGACUGUAGCCUACCUUUCCUUGAUUAGCCCUGUAUAAGAUGCUGCUCCCAGGCUGUAGGGAAGGCACUGCUAACUUUAGGAAUAAAUAUUACCCAGCAGUUACACAGCAUACUUUUCCUUUUUGAAAUUUUGUAUUUUUCAGAUUAAAAGUUAUUUACCUUUUUCGGGUGGCUGAAGUUUGAAGGUUAUGUGCCCCUCCCUACCUUCAAAUAAAAAUACAAAACAAAACAAAAAUUAGUAACUGAAUGCUUUCUGUAUUAGAAAUGAUUACUAAGGUACGUUUGUUUCAGAUAAUUUCUGAUAACAUUUUUCAACUUUCUGUAGCAAAGAAAACAUAAUACCUAAUCAAAGUAAUGAGUUUUGCCUCUUUCCGUUGUAAUUAUUAUGUUUUAACUCAUGGGUAAAUGAGUUUGUUCUUUGCUCAUUUCCUAAGGGUGGCUA